UGGUCGCUGUCCUCUUCCUGUCAACGCAUCACCAUCGUCCACCAUCACCGUAUGUCGGUCUUCCCCCGGUGACCAGUGUGGCCUUCUGGAUGACCUACUACCGACUCGAUGGGAUCAUAUGAACGGCGUAAAUGUUCGAGUACCCGCCAACCCAGAGGCUGCCCUCAAGUCGCACUUUGGCCCCACUAGUUUACGUCUGAUUAACAUGAAAGAGAUCCCCCGCAAUUACAAGUACGGCUCCUAUCGCUUGGUAGUUGGUCAAACACUUCAUGACGAGAUAGCUCAUAAGCAUUCACCCGACUCCGAUGCUCAACACGCGAAGCCCCUCGAAAACUCGAGCCUCACGAAGGAGGAUAUCAGUUCGAAGGUGUUUGCAGAGACUACCGCUGCCGAUUCAGUGAUAAUAGUAAGUCCUACGAGUAUAUCUAAGGGAGCACUAGCAUCCCCGCCAUAUAAUAGCACAGUCACUCUAAGAGAAGUGGAGACUACUUCAUUAUUGGAGUCGCAUCAACCCUUGAAGGAAUUUUCUAAUCCCUUCAUAUCUGUGUCUUUCGUAGCUUGCAUGUCUUUUCUUGGUAUAGCACUGUUGUAUUUUUUCGUAUUCAAAAGAUUCCGUUCCACAAGCAUUCCGUCAUCUACUUCAACUCCGUCAUCUUCCUACCGCCAAGUUCACAGCCCUCCGAAUAGUGUGUAACACUACCAUGGAGCGGUUGGUCGCGGAAAGGAGACAGACGUUUGUGUCGUUACAUUCA